ACAGGCAUGGCAGCGAGCAGUAUGACGCAGUCUAUGGCGUCCUACUACAACCCAUCCGCCGCCUAUGGUUCUCUAAGCGCGGCAUCAAUUGCCGCCGCCGCCGCCGCUCAACAAUCCAUGUCGGCCGGCUUAACGUCACCUGCGCAGGUUGUUAGCUCAAUGGAUGCAAUGAAAUACUCAAUGGAAGCCGAUAAGUACCGAUCGGCCUACAUGCCACCAUCAAGUUUAGCAAUGUCGAUGUACUCAGAUCCAAAAUACAUGGACACAUCUUCCAAAAGUUACCUAGAACGCGGCUACCUAGACUCCACAUCCGCACUAACCAAAGCCUACUUCGAAUCCUCCAAAAUGUACAUGGACGGCAAAUACAAUCCAGAUUCCGCCCGCCAUUACUCAUUAGACAUUGGAAAAAUGUACUCGGACGCCUCUCCGACAAUGCCUUCAAACUUGGCGUCGCCAAAAUCGUCCGACUCGCCCGACACCAAACCUGAACGACAAGAUGGCACGUCUUCCUCGAGCUCCACCACGACCUCCUCGGCGGGCGCGUCUCCCGGCGGCCUCCCCGGUUACUACCCCGGCAGCGCGUUGCAGCAAAACAGCGCAAUGCCUUCCGGUCUUUUACCCAUGUCCCAAUAUCCAGGUCAGUAUUCGGCGCAAGGCCCGGCAGGCGAAUUCCGUAGACCGCUAACCGUAAUAUUUUGACCUGACAGGUUGUGAAUGUGCAUUAUUUAUUUGUAUAAAUCAUUGUGUACGUCUCCUAUUUUUAUUCUUCAGUGUAAAUAUUUGUAUAUAAGUAAGCACGCGCGUUUCUUUUCCAUUAUCUGCAUUGUAAAAAUGUACAUAGAAUUAUUGUUAUGUUUCUCAAACGAAGAUGGUGUUUCUUUUUAUCGUUAAAAAUGUGUUUUCUUUUAUACUUGUAAGACAUCUCCCUUAAUAGUGAUAACGACCCUUUAUUCUUUUUUUGUUUAUAAGAACUUGAUAUUACUUUGGUUCCUAUGUUAUAUAGACAUUA